AUGCUGCUGCCGUCGUGGUCCUUGUCGAUAUUGCUCCCUCUCCUUCCCUUUGCUCAUUCCUCCUUCUACGACAAUCCGGAACUCGAGAUCCCGCCUGAAUCCGGUAGUCCGCUCGAUGAAUUGAAAGCGAAAUGGGACUUUGAUUGGGGAUUCUCGGGAAUAUCAACAUUCGCUCAUCUCAGGCAUGUAAAAUGCCUGACCACCCCGUACGAGCCGUUCGAUAUCGGCAUCAUUGGCGCCCCGUAUGACACAGCAGUGAGUUAUCGACCCGGCGCCCGCUUCGGCCCUCGUGCCAUCCGUGCCGCCUCUGCUCGCCAGACGUCCUUCCGAGGCUUCAACCACCGCGCCCACAUCAAUCCGUACACGUCGUGGCCUCUGGUCCUCGACUGUGGAGACAUCCCCAUCACGCCUUUUGACAACGCAUUGGCGCUGCACCAGAUGACCUCGGCGUACCUCGAGCUGCUGUCUCGCCGACCGCUGAGCUACAAGAACCCGGAGAGCCACGAGCACCCGAAGCUGAUCACCCUGGGCGGAGACCACUCGAUCGCCCUCCCGGCCCUUCGCGCGCUGGAGAAGAUCUACAAGCAGCCCAUCGCGGUGUUGCAUUUCGACGCGCACCUCGACACCUGGCACCCCGGUGCGUACCCGAGCGCGUGGGCCGAGACGCCCACGCAGGCGGACUUCACGCACGGGACCAUGUUCUGGAUCGCGUCGCAGGAAGGGCUCAUCAACAACGGGUCGUCGGUGCACGCGGGCCUGCGGACGCGGCUCCUGGGCGACGACUUCCACGACUACGCCGACGACGAGCGCCAGGGGUUCCUGCGCAUCGAGUCCGACGACAUCGACGCCGUCGGCGUCAAGGGCAUCAUCGACCUGAUCAUGGAGCGGAUGGGCACCUCCAUGCCCGUCUAUCUCUCCGUGGACAUCGACGUGAUCGACCCCGGUCUGGCCCCUGGUACCGGCACGCCCGAGCCCGGCGGCUGGACCACGCGCGAACUCAUCCAGAUCCUCCGCGGCGUCGAGGGCCUGAAUCUCGUCGGCGCCGACGUCGUCGAGGUGAGCCCUGCGUACGAGGCGGGCCACGGCGAAGCCACCGCGCUGGCCGGCGCGCAGGUCGCGUACGAGAUCCUCACGAGCAUGGUCAAGCGCGGACUCAAGGACCGCGGCGAGGACGUGGUGAUUGAGAAACCCGGCAGGAAGAUCGCCGCCAGGCAAGGCUUUGCGGCCAAGGCCCAAGAGGUUCUGAGAGAUGAAUUGUAA